AUGACUAAAAUUACCGAAGUUACUCCUUUGGAACUUAAAGGCGACGCUAAAAAAUCAACGUUAAUUGCAGCUCGUCCAGUCAUUACUGUGCGCGAGGCUCUCAAGAUGCUUGCCACUCAUAACAUUACCUCACUCCCUAUAUACUCUCAUACCUCUAACAAGAUAGUCAACAUUGUGAAUCUCUCUGAUAUACUAAACUACAUUAUAAAGGAAGCCGUCGCAGACGAAAAGCAUCCUAUCGCAAUGAACAGUGAAAAAGUAAUUAAUUUGGAUAACACUAUUGAGGCGGUAAUGACUUUGGACGUUGAUAGAGAGAGUUAUCGUAUUUACGUAUCGGACGCUCACGAAGGAUUAAAAAAGACUUUAGAAGCUUUUUCAAAGGGGAUUCAUCAUUCUUUAGUUAUCGACUACACCGAAAAGACGCCGCCAUAUAUUUUGACACAAACCGACAUUGUACGAUAUAUACAUAGUCAUCCUGAAUCAGUGCCAGGAAUUAGCUUUGAUGCAUCUUUGCAAUCUCUGGGAUUGGGUCUCCGAGAUCAUGAAGUUGUUGCUGGGUAUGUGAACGAAUCUGCGUUGAAUGUGUAUAGGCGAAUGGCCGAGAAAAAUUUGAUGGGAAUCCCGAUUUUGGAUAGUGAUGAUAAUCUAAUCCUAAGUCUCUCUGUUUCUGAUCUCCGUGGCAUGAAUUAUCAAUCUAUCGAUAACCUCAUAUUACCAGUUCGAGAAUUCUUGACGACGAUUCCCAACAACGAAAACGUUUUCCAUCCUAUAACGGCCACACGUCAAAGCACCCUACGUGAAGUACUUGAUCUAAUCGUAAAAAAUCACAUUCAUCGAAUUUGGAUUGUCGAUGAAUCUCGAAAAAUUUUGGACGUGUUGACAUUGUCAGACAUAAUUGGGUUCCUUACAAAACUUUGA